UAGCUGUACUACCCGCAAGAAGAAUAAUGAUACCGAUACCGCUUGCAAUUUUCACCCUAAUAAUCUUCCUGGCCAUAAUUUGGUUACAUUACCAAUUGACUUAUUGGCGUAGGCGUAAGGCACCUACCGUGCCCACCACAGGUCUUUACAAGCUUCGAAAUCGUGAACACAUUGCCUAUUCCUAUCAGCGAGCCUAUCAUCAGAUGAAGAGGGAAAAUAAAGGCUAUGCUGGUAUCUAUACUCUCAUCACUCCCACCCUGCUAAUAGCUGACUUGGAGAUCUUGAAAUUGAUACUGGUCACCGAAUUCGAGGUUUUUCCAGAUCGCGGAUUUUUUGUCAAUUAUAAAUCCGAUCCUCUGUCGAGAAAUAUGGCAAGGUUGCAUGGUGAGAUGUGGCGUAAAAUUCGCACCAAAAUUACGCCCACCUUUACGGCGGCACGCAUGCGCCAAAUGUUUGGCAAUGUGGAGGCAAUUGGCAGACAUUUUAUGCAGGUCAUGGAGAAGCAAGCAGAGCGGAAGCGGAAUGUGGUGGAGGUACGUGACCUAUGUGCCCGUUUCACCACCGAUGUCAUUGGCAAUGUGGCCUUUGGCUUGGACUGCAACAGUCUGGAGGAUCCCAACACGGAAUUUCGCCUCAAAGGUGAUCGAACCUUUUCCGAUGUCAACCCUUUUUGGGACAUGUUGGCUUCACAUUUUCCCAAAUUAUUCACCUGGUUGGAUUAUAAGGUGGCCACACCGGAAUUGAUUUCGUUCUAUUCGAAUAUUGUAUGCCGUACUGUGGAAUAUCGUGAGAAAAAUGGCGUGCGCCGUAAUGAUUUUUUGGAUCUGUUGAUUGAAUUGAAAAAUCGUCCCCAGCAGGAGGGGGAGUAUCAGCUGGAAAUGGAUGAUCUGAUUGCCCAGUCGUUUGCCUUCUUUUCGGCUGGAUUUGAGACCUCUUCGAAUACCAUGGCAUUUGCUCUCUACGAGUUGGCCAAAAAUCCUCGGGUGCAGGAACGAGCAAGAGAGAAUAUCGCGGAAGCUUUACGAAAACAUCAAGGAGUGUUCAGCUAUGAUAGCCUGAACGAGAUGACCUACAUAAGGCAGGUGGUGCAAGAGACCCUGCGCAAAUACCCACCUGUGCCCUCCACGAAACGGGUCUGCCGCCGUUCCUACAAAUUUCCCGAUCGCCAGGGACUCACCGUGGAACCAUAUGUCCAUAUAAUAAUUCCCAUCUAUGCCAUACAUCACGACCCCGAAUACUAUCCCCAACCCGAGGUGUUUCGUCCCGAACGUUUCUCAGCAGAGGAGAGACAAAGACGCCAUCCUAUGGCAUAUCUGCCCUUUGGAGCUGGGCCACGCAUUUGCAUCGCGGAACGUUUUGGCAUGAUGGAAACCAUGAUGGGUGUGGCUCUACUGUUAAUGCAUUUCAAAUUCUCCCCCUGUAAGGAGACGGCGGAAAAUCUAAUAUUCGACCCCAAGAAUGUUUUUGUCUUCAGUAUUCGAGGAGGUAUACAUCUGAGAGUGGAGAAAGUUCAGUAGCUGAAUAAGAAUGUUUGAGUACUAAAAAUAAACAUAUGUUCGAUCUGAUAGGCAUGUUGGUGGUUUG